AUGGAGAAAGGCAACAAAGACCGGCAAAAAGGUCUACACCUAUUUAUUAGCUCAUUAGGACCAACAUUAGGACCAUGUUUAAGUGCAUUGAUUGCAGGUUAUAUUGUUGAAAGAGCAGAUUGGAGAUGGUGUUUCUAUGUGCUAUGUAUGUUCAAUUUUGCAAUUGCAGUUGGUGGUAAUUUAUUCUUGAAAGAAACAUAUGCACCAACUUUAUUGAGCAGAAAAGCUGCAAAACUUAGAAAGUUGACUGGUAAUCAAAAUUUACACUGUAUUUAUGAAGUUGCCACUGGUGAAACCACAUUUGGUAAAUUUUAUGUUAAUUUAAGCAGACCACUCUCCGUCCUUUUCAAAAACCCAAUGGUUCUUGGUUUGGGUAUCUUCAUGGCUGUCGCAUAUGGUUGUUUAUAUAUUUUAAUUGUCACUUUCCCAGCUGUUUGGGGUGAAGUCUAUGGUUUCGGCAAAGGUAGUACAGGGUUAAUGUACUUGUCAUUUUUAAUUGGUUAUAUCAUUGGUAUUGUAUUUUUCCAAUACUCUGCUACUUGGGUCUUACACAGGCUAAUUGCCAAAAACAAUGGUGUUUCUAAACCAGAAUUUAGAUUGCCUAUGUUGUUGGUUAGUGGUAUAACUUUACCAGUUGGUUUGUUCUGGUAUGGUUGGGGUGCUGAAAAGAAAUUACAUUUCAUGUUUCCAGCUGUUGGUGCUGCAAUUUUUGGAUUUGGUCUUAUCGCUGUGUUUUAUUGUAUUCAAAACUACUUGAUUGAUAUGAAUCCAAGAUUCGCUGCUAGUUCAAUUGCAGCUGCUUCUAUCUUCCGUUCCUAUCUUGGUUUUGCGUUCCCAUUGUUUGCACCAAUAAUGUUCAAGAAUGUUGGCUACGGUUGGGGUUGUUCCAUUUUUGGAUUUAUUGCAUUAGCUACUGGUAUACCAUUCCCGUUAUUUGUGAUUCUUUAUGGUGAAAGAUUAAGAUUAUGGGGUAAUAGAAUCAUGGAUAGAGCACAAGCUAAAAGAGAUGCAAAGAAUUUGGCCAGACUAAAAAGAAUGCAAGAAAAACAAUUGGUUCAAUCUGAACAACAUAAAGAUGCCACUUCAGAAUCAUCAUAA